AGGAGACAGCGACUGACUACGUUGUAUCGUCAGUUGGUGCCUUCGCAAUUCUCAUAUUUGAUUUCUGCGUUACAUUCCAAGAUGAGGUCAAGAUUGAAACGAUCUGCCCGUGACUGUUAUUUUCAUCGCUUGUCUACAGGUAAAAUGGACCUGGUUUAGGUCAUGGGAUACAACUCGUGUCAUUUUUUGCCAUAUCUCGAUAUGUGCCUUUCAUAGGCUCUGGAAUGACUGUAUAUGCUGCACUGCGUGUCAGCGGGCCGCCGGCCCCUAGUCUGGCAGAAAAACAUCAUUCAUAUCAUAAGUAUCGUUGCUGCAGAAGGCUUGUUGGUUAUUCGGACGUGGGCAUUCUGGAAAAAGAGCAAAAGGGUGCUGAUUGGAUUAGUAGCUUAUGGUGCGGUGACAAUAAUCGCCGCCGUUUCCAUGAAUGUCUUUCCAAAUCACCAGUUGAUUUCAGCAGAUGUGUCUACUCUACCCGGGCAAGGCGGCUUCGAGUCGUCAAGAAAUGCUGCAUUGGUAUAUGCUAUCCUGGCACUUUUCGAAUGUGUGAUACUGGCCCUCACUACGUAUAAGAAAUUCAGCGACUACCGGCAAAUUGAGAACUCAAUCAUAACCACCGUUUAUGGCGGGCGGUAGCAUGCUUUACAUGUUGUGCAUCAUUGGUGCGUGGAAAUCAUUUACUUCAAAGCUAUUGUUGUGUAAUUCGUUUCACAAAGCCAUCACGGUCACCAAUGUGAUUAUUGACGCAGUAUUUCCGGUGUGUGUGCAUGCCAAUUAAACCCCAAUCAUUUAUUGACU